AUGCGCUUAGCGGUGGUUAACUGCUUAAAAUAUUUUGUAGGAGAAGGCCAAAAAGCGCAUGCACACCUGGCCGGAGUCAGGAUGAAAUGUCAGAGGACCUGUCAAGAACGUGAGCUUCGCGCCCAACGCCAUCGGCGGAGAGGUCCACUCCCUCCAGCUUUACCCGAGAAGUAUAUACAAUCUAUCUCGCCAUUUGCAAGCAUGUCAUCGAUACAGACGCCUUUCGAUAAGACGCCCCGCAACGGAAGGCUUCGAGAUCUCAGCCAGGAAAUCUUCACGAAAGCCAAGCCAAAAGACUCCGUGAUUAGAUCGACUUGGGCCGCACCUACAACUAAAUUCAAAUUCAAGGCAAUCUUCAUCCCCAAAUUCAGGGAAUAUAUCAGUUUGAAGAAUAGUAUGCUUGCUGACAACGAGUCGAAACUACUCGCCACUCCAUACUUCCAAGAUGAGCAUGAGGAUGACCGCGAGGAAUUGCUGAGGAAGUUACCGCGUUACUAUGAAAUGAAACAUGAUGAGAACGGGCUAUUUAAUACUCGGUUAGAGCAGUGCCGUUUUUACAAAGAUAGUAUCGACGCUUUCUUGCGCAAGGUUGGCAUCGCAUGGGAUGAUGUCUUAUUUUGGCUUUUAGCGCCGGAUAGGAUGAUCAAGCUGAUCAAUGAUGGCUCCUCGGAGGGUAACCAGUUUGAAAGUCUACUGCUGAACCGAUCGAAUUACGGCAUUGAAAUGUUUGAGCGCGACAAGGUAGACCAGCAGGCCAACCUUUUCCAACGCGACGACGGCAAGUGGCAAGAUUUUCUUUCCCAGCGGACAGAACCGAGCGCAAGGAAACUCAGGCAGUCGGCAACAGCAUGCGCAGCAGUGCUCAAAGAAUGCAACUUUAGUAUCUGGUAUCUGGCUCAGCAGUCUGAGACCUUUCUCAAGUAUGUCUCCAAGAAGACUAGAGACCCAGCUGCUGUUUCAACCUUCACAUACAGAGGAGCUAUGUGCAGAGUUUGUCACCAACACCACUGUCUCGUCCAUGGUGAGCUCAGAGAGGUACCGCAAGAUUACUGGCCCAACGAAAACUCGGCGCAGAGCUCCGCAACUCGCAAACAUCGGGAAGACUAUUCGGACUAUCAGGGUAACCCUUCUCGGCACACCUCACGGUUUAGUGAUUACGAUGAUGAAGAGCCCGACGAAGAGGAGGAGGAUGAGGAAGAAGACCAAGACCCGGGCGAUCUCUGGCCAGCGCACCUUGAUGACGAUUCCGAUGUCGAGAAGAUAAUCAACUACAAGCUUCCUGCAAACCCGAAUGCUUUUGAUGCAUAUACCGAAUCAGAGAUGAUUGAGUCUAGAGGCUCAAUACCAUCAGACGGAAAGUUCGAUAAGGUUUGGUGGUCGGACAACAGCUAUACAAUGCAAUGGGAAAAAAGAAAGCCAUUCUUCCCCUGCAGCCAUGAAGGUAGCUGCGAGCAAGUGCAGUGCCGAUGCUAUAGAGAAAGUAUCAAUUGCGAAAAGACAUGUCAAUGCUCUCAAUCGUGCAAGAGGCGUUUCCCAGGAUGCAGUUGCACGUCAACGCCCGGGAAGCGCAUCUGUAUAUCGCAGGAUUGUCUGUGCAUAGCGUUCAAUAGAGAAUGUGACGCAGAUCUUUGCGGCUCAUGCGGAUCGGCGGAGAUCCUUGACCCAGUAAACCGGUACGACGAAAGCCUCCUUGGAGGGCGAUGCUGCGAUGUGGCGAUCCAGAGGGGUGUUCCUAAGAAGACGUUGCUUGGUCACUCUGAAGUGCACGGCUUCGGCCUUUAUAUGGGCGAGGACGUCGGGGAGGGCGAGUACAUUGGAGAAUACCUUGGCGAGACAAUUUCACGGGAGGAAACUGUCCGUCGGGAGGCUAUCUAUGAGGCCGAAAAGACCAUGUAUCUGUUUGAUUUGAACCUGAAACAAACAAUCGAUGGAACAUGCAUGAGCAACAAGACACGGUUCACCAACAAUGCUCCCAAAGGCCUUACGAAUUGCGAGGCGAAGAACCUUCUCUGUAACACGGUCUUCCGCUUGGGCCUGUAUGCGACUAAGGACAUCAAGGCUGGCACUGAGCUAUACUUUCACUACAACUACUCCACGGAAGCUACCCGGGACUUCAAGCAACCCAAAGGUACGGUUGUUGCAGUCAAACAUACGGCUAAACCAACCAAGCGGAAAGCCAAUGGCAAGUCUUCUGAUUCACUCUACCAAUCAUCCAGGGCAAAAAAACGCACGGCUAAGAUAGCCGAGAAGGCGUUCCAGGACCCUACUAAUAGUCGCCUUUCUUGGUCUCAAAAUGCGCUGAAGACAGCACCCAGUGAGAGGUCCAGCCGACACCAGCAUUUGAGAGUGUCGCAGCGACAUGGCAGAGUGGGGAGGACGACGCGCAGGUCUUCUGCCGCACACAUGGAAGGGGGCGAAAGCAACCAUGACGUAGCGAGCGCCGAAUCACAUGAACCUCAGGCUACAACGUCGACUCAAGAGGUUCAAGCCACUGACGAAGACAACGAAGGCACGGCGAUCGAGGAAUCAGGGAACGACAUGAUUCGGCGAACCCGGGGCAAGGCAAGGAAAACGCCUAGCUCAACAGUGGUAGCGGUCGAGGGAGGACGUCCAGGCAGCAGCAGAAAAAGGAAACGACCCGUUGUUUUUAAUAGCGACGAUGGGUGA